AUGUAAUAAAAUGAGAUGAUAUAGCUACUUCAGAAAACUGGUGAGAAAUUAAAAAAUCGAAAACUAGAACGUAUGAUAGCUGUCAAUCCUUCAAAUACAUAAUUCACUUAAUAAUUCUUAUAGUAAUAAAUAGAUAAAAACAACAGUUAAAAAAAAGGGACUUUACUUACAUAAAAUGAAUUAAGUUAAGCAAUUAAAAAGUUUCAAGAAUAUAUUUCUAAAAAAGAAGAAUUAAAUCCAAUCUAAGUUAAUUAAAAAUCUUAACAAGAAAAUGAAAAUUAAUAAAGCAACCCUAAGUUUAAAACAUUAAAUUUUGACACUUCCAUCUAAACUAAGCAUUCUCACAAAUUAUCUCAAGGUUUACCAACUCAACCAAAUGAAAAAACAUACUCAUAACAUAUUAGAUAAUCUUCUGAUAUUUUAAGAAAUGAUGGAAUUGUAGAUAAACUCUAUGAUUCUUUAAUGAAUAGAUAAGUUGGUAAUUCUAAACCAAUUACACCUAAAGGCGGUUUUUUUGAAUUUCCUUAAACUUCAGAAGAUUAAUUAGAUUAAAUAAAAGAUGAAGAAGAAGAAAUUUAUUAUAUACAUAAAGUUAAGCAAGCCAUAUAAUUAUAAAAUUAAAAUGAUUACUUUACAAGAUUAUAUCGAAAUCAUUUUAAAUCAUUGUGUUAAGAAUUGAGUAUUGGUGUAAAAUUGAAGCCUGCUAAUUAUACAGACAUUAAAACAAAAGAAGUUAAAUUAGAAAAAUAAAAAAAAUAUAAAGGUAUGUUUUAUAAAUAAAUUUUAGAUUCUAUAACUUUAGUAUUUGAUCUAGAUGAAACAUUAAUACAUUGUAAUGAAAGAGAUAAUAAAUUAUAUGAUACUAUUCUAACAGUCCACAUUAACAAAAAAUAACAAGUAUUAGCUAAAAUUAAUGUUCGACCAAAUGCUGUGGAAAUACUAAAAAAAUUAUCUUAACAUUUUGAAUUAAUAGUUUUUACAGCUUCAAAUAAAAUAUAUGCAAAAAGUGUAAUUGAUUAUUUAGAUCCUAAAAAUGAUAUAUUUGCACAUAGACUUUAUCGAGAAUCCUGUAUUUUAACAUCAGGAGGAAUUCAUGUUAAAGAUUUAAGAAUACUAAACAGAAAUUUAGAGAGAAUGGUAAUAAUUGACAAUUCUGCUUGUAACUUUUCGUGGCAAAUUGACAAUGGGGUUCCAAUCAUCCCUUUCUAUGAUAAUUAAUUAGAUGAUGAGCUUAAUCAUUUAUAUAGAUAUUUAUUUGGUAUGAAAGAAUGGUAAGAUGUUAGAGAAUAUAAUAGGUAUAUAUUAUGUUUUUAUUUUAGGAAAUAUCUUUAAUUAUAUAGAUACACAGGUAAUAUUAAUUAAUUUUAAAAUAUUAGCAGAUAUAUGAAGGAGAAGGAUUUUGUGAUUGAAGAAUAAAAUUGA